UUUAUACUCGAUGAAGAUAUGAUCACAUUAAACAUUAAUGCCCAGUAUAUGUCCUGGUAUUUCAUCUAACUACAUUUUUAAAUUUUUUCGUCUAUGUACACUCUACUUGUCAAAUAAUAUUAAACAACUAUAAUUGUUUUAUUGUAAUUGAACUACUGUGCACAAAAUAACAAAGAAAAUAACUAUGUUCACUUCUUUUGCUUUGUUUCUGAUCUCCCUACUAUACUGAAACGUACGAAACCGGGCUUUUAUCGGACUUUUCGUUUAAUGUUUUGCUAUAAAAACACGGCCACAGUAGAUGAGGUAGUGGUUGCACAACUUGUUUCCUGGGUUUCCCUUCCUCGUUUUAUUCUUGUAAUUACAGUAAUUACAAACCUUGUUAAGCACAGGUGACCAGUCGUUUCCGUCGUGAGCGAGGAUGCGCGGGCGGCACAGGCUGUAUAAAAGGCUGUCAGCUUCCCCCGACUUCCACCUGUUCGCCAUGGCGCCUCGCACAGCUCCCGUCCUGUCCCAGCUCGCGGCGCCUCUCGCCCUCCUCCUUCUCCUCCUGGUGCUCGUCCCUCUCCGCUCCUCGCUCGCCCUCGAACUGGGCUUCCCCUCGCUCACUUCGGACUUCCGGCCUCCUCUCGACGUGAAAGGGCGUCCGUCGGAGGGACGCGAGGCGCCGCGCCAGGGCCUGUGGUCCUACAUCCGACAUCGGCCUCAAACGAAGCGGCAGCUGGACGAGUUGAUCCCCGGCCUCCUUCGGCACUUCUCGGAGCAGGACGUGGAGGCCGCCUCCAGGUCCGAGUACAAGGCGGUGCCCUUCGCCAUCGUGCACACGUCCCAGAUGCUCCACCGCGGAAUCAACUGCACUGCGCUCGACUCCAACCUCCACGAGAACCACAUCAAACCCGAGCUUCAGCUGCGCCCCGACUGGAUCCACAUUUCCGAGCUCAUCGGAGACUGUCCCACCCACUACAUGGCCCGGAAGCUGCCGCCCAUGUACUCCCCGGCGGUGGUCAUGGAGGCCGUGUGCACGUGCGAGGGAUCCCAGUGCUCCAGGGACGGACACCAGUGCGUGUCGGUAACCCGCCACAUCCCCGUGUGGGUUCGUCGGGGACCCAACAUCCACGUGUUAGACGUGGAGGAACUGGCGGUGGCGUGCGCCUGCGUCAGGAGGCCCAGCGUCGGAGGGAACUUCAUCUUCAGCCCCGCCAUCCACAGCUAAGAACCGACCCCGGCCCGCAACACUCAGCCUUCGACCGACCGAAUUCUGUUGCCUUAAACAUCUUUCCAAAUCUUGAACUGCACUGAUAACGAAAUGUAUUUUCAUUACUUAGCUCAAGGACUUCAUUGAAGGAAAUAUAUAAACUUUUUUGUUAUUAUUAUGUAAACUUAAAAAAGCAUUUAACGACACUGUAUGUUCAUGUCAAUUAGAUCCAUAAUUCAUGCUUAAAUUUUUGAGAAUAUAAAAUAUCCCCAAACGG